AUGAGCGCUCUGCGGCCUCUGCGGGGCGGUUGCUUGUGCGGCAGGAACCGUUACAUCAUCGCUCUCCCAGAGGAUGGCAUAAACGAGGUACAGGUCCUGUUCAGCACAGACCGGUCACACCAAGAGCCGCUCGCCACACCUCUGGCGGCCUACAUCCGAGUACCGCUAUCAUGGCUACACAGCACGACAUUUGCAUUCUUUGAUGACGAGACUCACACAAUGAUUCGACGUGUCUACACCCACCCUAGCCAAGAUCACACAAAGCGUCACUUCUGUGGAUUUUGUGGCACGCCUCUAUCGUACUGGUCCGAGGAGCCGAGGAGCGAGGCCGAAUACAUCAACCUCACAUUGGGCAGUCUGCUCCGAGAAGAUUUUCAGGACUUGGAAGACCUGGGACUCAUUCCAGAGGAGAGUGAGGGCGAGGCUGAGGACAGGCAGGUGGCCACGGCGAACCGCGGCACUGCCCUCCGAUAUUCUUUCGGAGUCCCUUGGUUCGACAGCAUGGUGGAAGGCACUAGACUGGGCAGAAUGCGUCGCACGCACGGGAUUCGACGCUCAGACGAUGGUACGGUAAAAGUUGAGUGGGAGAUUAUGGAGGAACUGGAUGGGUUGGACAGCGACGACGUUGAAAUGGAAACAGAGUCUGCAUCAUCGGGGAAGCGAAAGUUGCAGGACCGAGAUGGCUAG